ACAUCGAAUUAUAAUCAAAACCCUAAAAUCCCUUGGAGUACGAAGGCACUCGAAGUCCUUCCGCGUUACGUUCUCACGUAUCAAAGAUGCAUAAGCCUUAUUUCAUUCAAAGUUAGGUGGAGGUGAAGGUGGCGAUUCCCAAGAGCUUCAUACAUCCUUCUUACAAUGGUCAGCAAAAACAUAUUCAUGAAAUUGGUGAGAGCUCAAACAAUGAUUCAUGCCAAGAUACCAAGAUUUUUGUAGGCGGCAUACCAAUGGACCUCACAAACGAGGAACUCAAAGCGUACUUUGAGAACUAUGGUACAGUUACCGACACGGAUAUUCAUCCCACAAGAGGGUUCGGGUUUGUCACCUUUGACUCAAACGAAGGUGUACGAAAUUCAUUGGAAAACCGCGUCCACUAUUUGAAGAAUAAACGCGUGGAGGCGAAGGUUGCUGAGCCGAGGACUGGAAGCUUUCAAUCCUUUCAUUAUUGUGGCUUGGCUCAGGCUCGUGUUCCGUAUUACUAUGGCAACCUAAUAAAGCCUAACGCGUUUGGUUAUAGUACAUACCUCCCGAUGUGUCACUGUCUCUCAACGCGUUAUCAAAGUCUGAGACCUCUUAGUGAUUUUAGAAAGAAUUUGUCGGGGAGUGUCAAACUGCUGCUUCAUCUGGAUGAAGUCGAAGAAGGAAAUGUGGGCCAUGACACGAAGAGCGACGACAAGGAAGCACCAUAUAUCGAGGAGGAUGCAUGUAGAUUGGGAGUGGAAAAGCUAAUAAGUAUUGAGGAAUUUGACAAAGCUAGUUAAGUGAGUUUCUUUAUGUUGCAAAUGCAAAUAUAAACUUGGUGAGUGAGUAUUGUAUGCACUAAUACUAACAACGCUAUUAAGAAACUGAGUAAAUUCCA